AUGCUCUGCUCCUUGACAGAGAUCCGAGAGGCCUUCAAGGUGUUUGACCGGGACGGCAACGGCUUCAUCUCCAAGCAGGAGCUGGGCACGGCCAUGCGCUCCCUGGGCUACAUGCCCAACGAGGUGGAGCUAGAGGUCAUCAUUCAGCGGCUGGACAUGGACGGAGACGGCCAGGUGGACUUUGAGGAGUUCGUGACUCUGCUGGGCCCCAAACUCUCCACCUCGGGGAUCCCAGAGAAGUUCCUCGGCACCGACUUUGACACGGUCUUCUGGAAGUGCGACAUGCAGAAGCUGACCGUGGACGAGCUGAAGCGUCUGCUCUACGACACCUUCUGUGAGCACCUGUCCAUGAAGGACAUCGAGAACAUCAUCAUGACUGAGGAGGAGAGCCACCUGGGCACGGCUGAGGAGUGCCCUGUGGAUGUGGAGACCUGCUCCAACCAGCAGAUCCGCCAGACGUGUGUGCGCAAGAGCCUCAUCUGCGCCUUCGCCAUUGCCUUCAUCAUCAGCGUCAUGCUCAUCGCGGCCAACCAGGUGCUGCGCAGCGGCAUGAAAUAGGCCUCGCAGGCCCGUCUGGCGCAUUCGGUGCAUGGGACCCACGCCGCAGCCACCGCCGCCGCCUGCAGCCCCUUCUCCUGAGCCAGUACCCUCAGGACCCAGAGGCAGUGACCAGCACCCCAGCCCGCCCCUGCCCCUGCCCUGCUGGGCCUUGCACGGAGCCCUGCCCAGCAGUGGAGGGCUGGGUGACGGCUCUGCCACCACCCUGCCCCACCCAUGUCCCCACCUGGCCUGUGUGUAGCACUAACUCUUCCCACCGUCACGGGGUUCUCGGGAAGCGAAGGCAGGCGCCCCAGAGCCCAGUCACUGCUGUGGUCCCUCAGGUGGAUGGGGCACCUUGUGCCCAGGGCAGCAGGCAGGGUGGGAGGUGGGUAGGCGAUUUGGGCAGCCCAGAGGGUGGGCAACUUGGGCAGUCCAGCAUGGCCUGGGACUGGGCCCCUCCCUCCAGCCCUUCCAAGCUUAGACUCAACUACAGUCUCUUGGUUUCUCUUGGCACCUGUCGGGUGGGACCGUUGGCCCAUUUCACAGAUGAGGAGCCUGAGGGUCUGAGAUUUGGCCUCAGUUUCCCCUUCAGCAGGUUUUCAGGAAGGUCAAGUGGUUAUGGAGGACGGAGCUGUGAGAUGGCCAUCAGCACCCCCUGCUGGGCACUCCCCUGCCCCCACAUACACAUAAAGCCUAGAGCUCUGUUGCAGCUGGAGACAAGGCACUCAGACGGGGCCCCUGAGUGACCUACUGGCCAGAGGGCACCUCCCAAAGGAACCCUGAGCUGCCCCCAGGCCGAGGGGCUGUCCUCUUGGGACCCCAUGUCUCCUGCCCUUGAGGCAUAGACCCAGCUCAAGCCUGGUUCCAGGUGUACCACCCACAUGCUCGGCACCACCCAGCACGGGCGGCAGUGGGACUGCCAACCUGCACCUGCAGACUGGCCCCACCAUGCAGUGGGCCUGGUCACAGCCCCCCUGCGGCACCCAGCCAGGCCAUGCGCCUCACCAGCCCCGAGGGAGACAAGCCCGACGUAGACUGCAGACGGAGCCACGGGCUGAGAGACUCUUUAUGUAAAAACAAAUGGCAGGAGGCAGGUGGGAGGGAGGGUUAUGUGCGUCCUGUCUCAGGGCCGGGGCUGGGGCUGCGGCCCACGGGGGUCCCGGGCUGCAGCAGAGGCCCUGUGGGGGCUGCCCACUCCUCUUCGCUGUGACCGGUGAGAAGCUGACAGUGGGAGCCAGGCAGGGUCAAGGGGCUCAGCCCCACUGCACACUGGGCUGCAGGGGCCAGCCCCCGGGUGGAGGGGCCCGCAGAGAGGGGGGCAGCUCCUGGAUUGGUGGCCAGCCCAGGGGGUACUGGAAGACAGUGGUCCUGGUGGGUUCGGCCCUAGAGAAGGGGAGAAGGGCAGAGAGUUAGGGUGGGAUGUCACCCAGACAACCUCCUCCACCCGCCUCAGCAGGAAGGGGAGGGGCUUUCCAGAAGCAAAGCAGGCCCCUCUGAGCCAGCAGCCUCAGUCCAGGGACGAGCCCCAAGGGAUGGCCCAGUGGUGGGGGGUGGGAGGGACUUGGUGACAAGAGUGGCUGCCCUAGAGCCCUCAGGUCGCCUGUGGGGACCUGACCGACCAUUUGCGCACAUCCACCACGGGGACGCCAUGAGCCUGCAGCAACAUGGUGGUCGGCUGACCUUCACUGACGGGAGACGCCCUGACGUCAUGUGUGUGAGUGGGGAGAGAGUUGCUUAUAAAAUAAUGUAUAUAGCAUGAUACUAUUUUUGUUGAAAGAUAUAUAACAUAUAUAAAUGCAUAAAAAAACUACCUGGAAGACACA